CUGCACCGUAAUUCUCAGAAUGAGGCACAACCGAGACACAAAAACUGAAAACAGCAAAAAAAUAGCAAUACAGAAGAGAGAAAGAUCGAGGAGUACAAUGGGGCAUUAUGGUGGUCGCUUCUUUCAAAGCUUCUUUCACGACAUCGCCUCUGUGGAAAACAUAGCGCAAAUGCCGCCGUAACGAUAGAGAAAGGGGAAAACAAGAAAAGCACCAGAAUCAUCAUCAUAUUGAAAUUGAUCAUUGAUUACUACCAAGUCCCUGGAAACGGACAACCUGCACAGCACUCUUGCCAGGCUCCCCAAAAACCGGCGCGCCCACAGAAAACACUACUACCCCGCCUUGACGACCGCCCGCAAAACCACAGCUCCUAGUCCGUCGGGGUUGUCAUGGAUCCAACGAGCCACAGCUCCCGCAGCAGAGCUCCGGCCGAGGCCGCACCCACAUGUUUUACCGAGGGCGGAACUCAAGGUUUCGGGACUGCAGCCCAUUUCCAUCCCACCAGAAAAACCUUGGCCCUGAGCAGCAGCGGCCUCGGCCUCGGCAAAGAUGGCCUCGCCGUUGGUAAUAAUGUCAGUGACGACACCUCCGGUCAGAACAACAUCGCACAUCAUUUAGAAUCACACGCUGCCGAAAGCGAGGCCCCCAAUGGCGUAGCAAUGUCUCCCUCGGCCACAUUUUCCCCAACGUCGACUCUCCCCCCGCGCCAGAUCACGAGGCCCCGCACCGCGACGUCGACGGCCGAGAUCGACAGCACCAUCAGCAGGCCCGGCGCUGUGCGCAUCAAUGUGAAAGGCGCAUUCAUUGUGGACGGUACACAAACGCCGGCGACCCCGUCCGGAAACGGCAACGGCAACGGUUUGUUGACCGGGCGCAGUUCGCCGGACCACCACCAGACCCAGGAUAUUCGACUCCCAAACCACACGGCCGUUGUGAGCCAUGUCGCCAUUGACAUUGGUGGCUCCCUCGCCAAACUAGUCUACUUCUCGCGCGAGGCCGAUUCCACGGAUCCUGGAGGCCGCUUGAACUUUACGAGCUUCGAGACGGACAAGAUUGAGGAGUGCUUCUCUUUCAUGCGCCGCCUGCGCGACGAGCAGCAGCCUCUCAACGGCUCCGUCCCGAACAAGCUAUGCGUCAUGGCGACUGGCGGCGGCGCCUACAAGUACUACGACCGGAUACGGGAGGCACUGGGCGGCGAGAUUGACGUGCUGCGCGAGGACGAGAUGGAGUGUCUGAUCAUCGGCUUGGAUUUCUUCAUCCAUGAGAUCCCGAGGGAGGUUUUCACGUACUCGGAGACAGAUCCCAUGCACUUUGCGACACCCGGGUGCGACGACGACGGGAGGGAGAUAUACCCGUACCUUUUGGUCAACAUCGGAUCUGGGGUUUCGUUUCUGAAGGUCGAGGGUCCCAGGAAGUACCAACGCGUCGGGGGAACUUCCCUGGGGGGUGGCACACUGUGGGGCCUAUUAUCGCUGCUGACGGGCGCGAGGUCCUUUGAUGAGAUGCUGGACCUUGCCUCCAAGGGAGACAACUCCCGUGUGGAUAUGUUGGUGGGUGACAUUUACGGGACGGACUAUGGCAAGAUUGGGCUCAAGAGCUCGACCAUCGCGUCGUCCUUUGGAAAAGUUUUUCGCAUGAAGCGGCAGGCCGAGUCGGCAGCCGAGGACUGCGGACCGGGGUCUUCAGAGGUGGGGUCCGAACAGGGCGAGGACGUCACCAACGGAGAUGGGGAUGCCGACGAGGACGGCGGCGGCUUCUCGGCGGCCGACAUGUCGCGGUCGCUGCUCUACGCCAUCAGCAACAACAUUGGGCAGAUUGCGUACCUCCAGUCGCAGAUCCACAAGCUGUCUGCCAUAUACUUUGGCGGGUCCUUCAUUAGGGGCCACCCGCAAACCAUGAACACGCUCAGCUACGCCAUCAAGUUCUGGAGCAAAGGCGCGUCGCAGGCAUACUUCCUCAGGCACGAGGGCUAUCUGGGCGCCGUUGGAGCCUUCCUCAAGAGGCAGCCGCGCAACUGGGGCAGGAGGGGUAGCUUUGAGGAGAGCGCCACGAGGAGGAUGAGGGAAAGGGGCACCAGUGGCAGUGUCUUUGGCGCUAGGGAGGAUGAGGACCAGAGGCCGGUGGAGCCGGUCAUGCCGAGUGGCGCGGCCGAGUAAGCAAAUCGAGACGCUCGAGGCAGAAUGUGGCACCGAACACUGCCACCGGUCUCUGCCGCGGCUGUUGGGUCCGGCCUGGUUGAGGUGAAGCUUGGCGGCUCCGCUAGUCUACUGUGCUGUUUGUUUCCUAGUUAUAAUGCGGGUUACGAUUAUGGAUCCACAGAAAAGACGGCUUCUUUCACAGAGCACGUGUGCAGCCAGGAGCAUCUCAGGACUAAGCCACCGUUGCGGCUAGCUCUUUAACCUAACGGUCAAGAGGGGCUCCUCUGCCAGGCUAUUUGUUCGCAGAGGCUUCAGCUGCCAAUAGAGGCAAACAAUCGGGAGCGCGACGAGAAGGGGGGUAGGUGUGUGAACAAUUAAGAGCCGUCGGCUCACGUGGAAGAAUUCCGGUCAUCCGAGACCGUUUUCACUGUUCAGCUCUCCACUCGUUCUGUCACAUCACAAUAGAAUUAGCAUCGGCGGAAUAUUGUUUUGGCGAGCAUUUUCUUUGUUUGUUCACAUCAUCCCGCCGCCCGCCCUACACGUUGCUUUUGGCGAUCAACCGUUUUAAGCGUGAAUGGGACUGCGGGAGGCCGAUGAUCGAGCUAUAACUUGCUUCCGCUACACGCAGAUCUGGGGAGGCCAAAGCACAGCCGAUUUGUUUCUAGAAUAGAUUGUCAUCAACGACGAUCUACAUGCUUUUUCUGUUGUUUCUAAGAAAUUUAUUCCAAGACUGAAAGAUCCAGAAACAGGCAACACGAAACAAGCCUAGCGCUGGAUUUUUGCAAGGGAGGCAAGAUGAGGGAGGAUGCACAUCUGUCUUUGCUUUCAAAAACAAAUGGCUCGUAUCUCUUCUGCCCGCGAGCGCCAAGUAUGAUACCAAGGGAAACGAGGCUAUUGGGUUUUUUUUUUUUUUUUUUUUUUUUUUUGCUAGUUCUAAGGUGGCUUUUUGUUCUUGUUCUUUGUCCCACGCAAGGAGGACGGUCAGCUUGCGAUGCGGAAGGGAGCCACGCUAAAGUACGCGUGGCAGGCAGAGACAUUCUUGUGGAUUCCGAUUUGCAGGACAUGGACUUUCAGCUCUCGGACGGACUUUUCGUGACUCAAAGCCCAUCACUUCCAGAUUUUGCUUUGUGAAACCCUCAUACGGGGAGGACAAUACGAUAGAGACCUAAGUGGACUGACGGAUUUUACUAGGUCUAGACACUAGCCGGGGAAAAGAUCAUUUCAAGAGUGUCGUUUGUGACUGGUGGAUGUUCCGAGAGGAUUUGCGGAGAAAACAGGAACACAAAAAGACCAUUGGCGUUCCUUCCUUCCUAAGCUUUGUUUAUCUAAUUUCUGGGGCAAGAACAAAACAACGAGAUCCCCGCCCUGAAGGGCAGGCAGACUGCCCUCGACCGAUGGACUAGGCUAGCACGCAAGCACUUAAACCCGCUUGUUCCAACCGAACCAGGUCCAGCCGCAGCCCUUAGGUCGAAAUCGAAGGAAAGCCACCAUUUGCCCCAAGUAGGGCCACGCGAAAAGACGACGGCCCCUGGGACUAGUGGCUCUUCCACACGUUGCUUACACAGAGCGAAGACUUGGCGAGGCUUUUGAUCCAAAACAUACUGAUGAGAAAGAGAAGGGAAGAAGGGAAACAGGUCCAAUCUCGACUUUUUGGUCUGGGUUCACGCCCGUUGGUUGGUCCGUUAUGGUUCGUGGUCUCAUGUCUAUAUCCCACUUGUGUUCCAGCCCUAAGCCAACUUGGUCUGUGUCGUUGAGGUGGCUUGGGUGGUUGGCUUUCCCCCUUUUUACCCCGUUUUUUUAUUUGGUUUGUUUUAUUUUUCGCCUCCACGUCUAAGUUGCAAGUGGUUGUGUGGGCUAUUUUGGUCAAUGAUAUAUAAGUUUAUAUGAUGCCGCUCACGGUCCAACUCCCCAGAUUGCCUCUUCAUUAUCAACAAAGUCUCGGCUAGUCACUCUCUGUGGACAAACAUCUGGUUU